AUGUUCCGCAAGCUUCGACCCUCAUCUGCCUUCGGCCUCAAGCCUAAGAAAAGUAUCCACUCACUCAACUCCGUUCAAUCGCGAGAAUUGGGGAAAGAAGAACAUCAACUAAUGAUUCCUGAUGGCACGCAUCAAGACCAGCUGUUUAGCCCCAAGCAUGUGAAUUCCAUUCCGCCUAGUCAAGAUGAAACAGGAGAACGAUUGCAACCAAGCACAUCAUGUGAACGGAGGAAUGAAGCCUCCGCAAAUUCUCUGGCAUCUCGAUAUCACUGUGCAAUGAAAGAAGAUGUUCAGUCAACAUUCAAUCUCGGCAAAAAGAUUGAAGAAGAAACACCCUUGAAAACUACCGAAACAAGCUCCUCAACUUCAAGUAGUGAGUCGGAUUUCGAUUGGAAUGAAACCGAUGAAUCAGAGCUCGACGAAUCGGAAAGGCAGGCGCGAGAACAACGAAAGCUCCGCAAGGCGCAGGAAUUUGAGCUAAGCAUCCGUCAUGCCAAGCGUCUUCGGCGGUUCUAUCUCUUUCUCAUGAAGUUUUCAACUCCAGUCAGGACCACGAUUAUAGGUGUUUUGGGAAGCGGUAUUGCCAUCACGCCAGCGAUUCUCGUGUGGUUAAAAUUUACCCAAUUAUCAACUAGAGACCAUGUUCUAGCAUGGUCUAUUUGGCUCAGUACGAGUUUUGCUGCCUCUUGUGCAACUUCCAUAAUUGUCGAUGUCCUGCCCUCGAUCGCGAUCAAGUUAUUCGACCUGCUAUAUGGUGCGAAACCCGAAAAGUUAAAGACUCAAAUAGAGUUGUGGAUGAACGUCAGGUAUUGGACCAAAGUGGCUCUGGGUUUGACAUGUUAUUGGGUGGUUUUAUCCAUCAUGCUCUCCCGUAUGUUCGACUUCUACCGAGAACCACAUUUGGCGUAUUUCGACUGGGUCAUGAAGGUUACGGCGGGAUUAUUCACAGCAGGGGUAGUCUUGCUCGUCGAAAAAAUUCUGCUGCAGAUGAUUCAAUUGAACUUCCAUCGUACGAGUCUGAAAGACAGGCUAGAAGAAAACGAACGAGCACUCUGGGCGCUGGACCGAUUGGCUGCUGCCAAAGGGGUUUCACAUUCCCCCAAGAAACGAAAUUCGAAGUUUCUAAGUAAUAUAACUCAUAAUCGUACGAAAAGUGGACGGCGGACGACCCCCGUCAAGGACUCCACCGUAGUCGAUGUGCCGUCUGCUCCAAAAACCCCCAACCUAAAUUAUUCUUCAGAGAAGCGAACAGCUGAGACCAGCACCUCGGGUGGGAUUCCAUCCCUCCAUUUGACCAAAGAAGUAGAAUCAAUAGACCAAAAGAAACACACAAGACACAGAUCCUCAAAUCUUUUGAUGGUCACCGACCACUUAACUUCAGCCUUUAAUUCAGCUUUGAAACACGGAAUCAAGGACGUCAAUGGUGGUGUCGUAUCAUCCACCCACUCUGCCAAAAAACUAGCCAAAAAACUGUUUGAAGGUCUAGACGAAGACAGGGGAGGUGUGAUCACGCGGAACGAAUUCGAGCCAUACUUCAAAACCGCCAGUGAUGCUGCAAUGGCGUUUAAACUGUUUGAUAAAGAUGGAAAUGGUGACAUCGAUCGCAAGGAAAUGCGCAAUGCCGUUGUCAGAAUCUACAGAGAGAGGAUGGCGUUGGCCAUUGGCUUGAAGGAUAUGUCUUCGGCAGUUUCCAAAUUGGACGCGGUUUUAAUCUCAGUAGCCGUUAUGCUCACCGUUUUCAUAUGGUUCUUUAUAUUCAAUUCCAAAGGGACAUCAUCUCAGUUGGUACCGAUGGCCACAAUCAUUCUGGGAUUCUCCUUCAUUUUUGGGAAUGCAGCUAAAAAUCUGUUUGAGAGUAUGCUUUUUAUCUUCAGCGUGCAUCCAUAUGACGUUGGAGAUUUGGUUUCAAUAGAUGACGUCCAUAUGUUUGUUACUGAGUUCGGGCUUUUCUCAACAACUUUUCAGCGAGUGGACGGCCAGGUUGUAGUAGCUCCUAAUUCGCUUCUGAUUAGCAAGAAGCAUAUCAUCAAUAUUCGUCGAAGUGGCGCGAUGUGGGAAACGACCGAAGUCAUGGUAGGCUUUGAUACCCCCUUAGAGGUGCUGCAUGAAUUUCGGGCAAGGUUGAGGCAAUAUGUCAUUGAUAAUCCUCGGGAGUGGAAGGGAGGACUGGAUGUCAACAUCGAUUUUAUCAACAACCAAAAUUUAAUCCAAUUGAUCAUUGCAAUGGAGCAUAAAUCAAAUUGGCAAGAUUGGGGCGCUCGAUGGGAUCGUCGUACAUUGCUCAUGAAGGAAAUGAAGCGGAUAAUGGAUAGCUUGAACAUAACCUACAAGCUACCGCCACAACCUAUAUCACUUCUCCCGCAACGGCCUGGGCCUCGCGAACUUUCCUCAAGGCGCGAAGAAAAUUCCAUUCAUUCUCAACACCCCAAAGGUGGAGUUCCCCCACAGCGUUCUUCAACAAAUCCAACGGCUACUCGCACAAUUAAACCCUCGCGCCCUUCCCAAAAUGGGCGUCAUUUCACCUCAUUCAGAUUUCCUUCGACCCUGUAG